AUGUCAUCUAUCACUGUCGCGAACUCAAAUGCAAAAUGGUCCACUGACACUUUGACCACUAAAAUCACUUAUGAAAACGCUUUAGUCACUAAAGAUCCAAAGAACAACAAAUACCAUGUCGAACCAUUUUCUAAGGAUUACGAAUUCAAAGUUGACUUAAAAGCUGGUAAAGUUGGUCUAUUAUUGGUUGGUUUAGCUGGUAACAAUGGUUCCACAUUUGUCGCCGCUCAUUUGGCUAAUAAACACAAAGUUUCUUUUGAAAAUAAAGAUGGUGUCGUCAAACCCAAUUAUUUUGGUUCUGUAACCCAGGCAUCCACAAUUAAAAUUGGUGUUGAUGCUACUGGACGUGAUGUUUAUGUUCCGUUCAAUUCUAUCGUACCAUUUGUUAAUCCAGACGAUUUGGUCAUUGGCGGUUGGGACAUCAACAACGCCAAUUUGAAAGAUGCUUGUAAAAGAGCUAAAGUUCUUGAUGUUAAUUUGCAAGACAAAUUGGCAGAGAAAUUAGAAGAGUAUAAGCCAAUGCCAUCUAUUUAUUAUCCCGACUUUAUUGCUUUGAAUCAAAAGGAUAGAGCCAAUAAUGUUUACAACUCAAAAAAUAACCAAAUUGACUUGGAUAACAAAUGGGAUCAUGUUACUAAAAUUAGAAAUGAUAUCAAAGAGUUUAAAAACAAAAACGGUCUAGACAAAGUUAUUGUCUUAUGGACUGCCAAUACUGAACGUUACUCUUCUAUUAUCGAAGGCAUUAACGAUACUGCUGAGAAUUUGAUAAACGCUAUUAAGAAUGGUCAUAAGGAAGUUUCUCAAUCAACCAUUUUUGCUGUCGCUUCUAUUUUGGAAAAUUCAAUUUUUAUUAAUGGUUCUCCACAAAAUACUUUGGUACCAGGUGUUGUUAACUUGGCAGAAGAACACAAGUCUUUUAUUGUUGGUGAUGAUUUCAAAUCUGGUCAAACCAAAUUCAAAUCUGUUUUGGCACAGUUUUUGGUUGAUGCCGGCAUAAGACCAGUUUCCAUCGCUUCAUAUAACCAUUUAGGUAACAAUGAUGGUUUCAAUUUGAGCUCUCACGAACAAUUCAGAUCCAAAGAGAUCUCAAAAUCUUCUGUUGUUGAUGACAUUAUUGCUUCUAACCAAAUAUUGUAUAAUGACGAGUUAGGUAAAAAAAUUGACCACACCAUUGUAAUUAAAUAUAUGAAGGCAGUUGGUGAUUCAAAAGUUGCUCUAGAUGAAUAUUACUCUGAAUUAAUGUUAGGUGGUCAUAAUAGAAUUUCCAUUUCUAAUGUUUGUGAGGAUUCUUUAUUGGCUACUCCAUUAGUUUUGGAUUUAGUUAUAGUUUCUGAAUUCUUGAGUAGAAUUACUUACAAGUCACUAGAUGAUAAUAAUGCAAAUUUUGAAAAGUUGUACCCAAUUUUAGGGUUUUUAGGUUACUGGUUGAAGGCUCCAUUGACUAGAAAAGGAUUUCAAACAAUUAAUGGAUUAAACAAACAAAAGCUUGCCAUUGAAAACUUUUUAAAGCUAUUGGUUGGUAUUCCUAUCAGCAACGAAUUGAGAUUUGAAGAAAGACUAAACUGA